GACUUCAUAUCGGGGCAUACAAUCUAUAGGGGAAGGAUUAUUUUUGGGGGAAAUCAACUCUAUCGUAGUUUACGUAUGAAAAUGGUGUCGUAUAUUUGUACUACAGCACGGACUCAAAAAAAACUCUGCUUAAUAGCUUAUAAAGUACCUAAUCACCAAUAAAAAAAAACUUUCUACUCUAGUGUUAUUGCAUACCGAGCAAAAAACCACUGUCCGCAAAGUUGUUCAAUUGUACAAAAAUUCUAACAUAAUAGGCGAUGCAAAAUCUUGUUUGUACCGUUUUCUAUCUUCUAUCCGUACGAACAGUUCUACACGAAACUCAUCCACUGUAGCAGCUAAAUCGUCUUCGCACGCAUUUACUUCGGAUUAGUUGUUCGGGUUUUGGGUUCGGCGACACUCACCAACGCACCGGCCAGGCAGUCGAAACCAAACUCACCCCAAACCUCCCCUAUUUGCGAGAGUGCAUUCCCACACACACCUGCAUCCCAGUUGUGGAUGGGUUUUUUUUUAUGCUAGUGGUAGGUGGGGAGUGCUAGCACCAGAACAUACACGCAACAGCAACAAAAGGGAAGUAAAUGGUAGCGAGUGCUCGCGAGCCUGUGCGAUCGGGAAGGAAAGAUCUCAGCAGUGACUCGGGAGCCACAGGCCAAAAGGACAGACGCACCGUGAAGUGAGCGAAACCAACCCUCGGUACGGAAACAAGCGAACAGGGGGAGCCGGGGUGGGUGGCUUCGGUUUCGGACGGUUUGGUUUGUUGUGCGGCGCGAGUGCAGCAAGGGCAGAAGCGGCAGUCGGCACUGUUGAUUCUUUUAGCGCGCUGGCCCUGGCAGUAAUCGCACAGUUUUUCCUCGACCGUUCGUGUGUUAAUCUCGCGCGCCACGAGACCACAUCUUUAUUCUACGGUUCCACGCGUUUACCUUUUUUCUCGUAAAACAAAAAAAUAAUACACACACACACACGCACAGGGAAAGAUAUUAUACGCCCGUUUGGACGGAAAAAUCUUGCGACUGCGAACAUUGUCUUCGCUUAUUACGUUGGUUCUUCGUUUCAUUUCGAGUGUACAUACAAGUGGUUUUGUGUUUUGUGUUGGAUAUUGUUUUAUUUUAUUUUUUUUUUGCUUUCGUGUUACUUUGGUCCAAAAAAUUUGAUUCCGAUCUUCAGCCGUGUUUGGAUGUUGUUUUUAUUUGUAAUGUGUAUGAACUUUGCUUGAUCGACUAGCGUUUCGCGUGUGCGUUUGCUACAUGUCGCGUGCUCGCAACGUACCAGAACGUACCGGACAAAGUGCCCGUAAAAUGAAUCGACUAUCGACGUGUUAAUGUGUCACCGAUCGUGACGUGGUAAACCCGUGGAGAAGCCUUUUUACCCCAUAGCACACACAGGCCUACUGGGGUUGUUUUUUGCCAAUCGGAAAUAAAAACCACGUGCUACCACGAGAAGACGAAGCAAAAACGCGUCUGCUGCAAUCAAUCCUAGGGAGAGUGUGAAUGAAAAAAUAAACAAAAGCAUGGUGCAGUGUUACAACAUUUUGGGUUCUUAAAGGCAGUUCCAUCUUUUGCUCGCGUGCUGUUUGCGUUGAGCGUUCAGUUCGCCCAGCUGUCCAGGCAGUGUGUCGUGUAACAGAUUGUUCGUGGUGAAGUUUAAUAUCAGGUGAUUUGUGAGUGAAAGUGGUUGUAUUUUUUUAGUGCAUCUAAAAAAAAGAAGAACAUCAUUAAAAACUAAUUAUUUUACUCGUACAGAUUAAUGUUUCAACACAACAAUUUCCAAUCAACACAACGGUAGUGCGUGAACCGAUGUAAGUGUAACUGCAACUGUUGUAAGCAAAGUGUCACCGCACACGCAUCGAACAACCGCAAAUGCAGCUGCAGUGUCGGUUGCGCGGCCGGCAGUGAUUCGCGACGAAAGAUGCGCUUCCUCAAAUCGGUCCCAGCAAACAAUGAGCAUCCAAUCGGCCGAAGUGCAGCGAAAAUCCGGCAGCGGUUCCGGCAGCGGCCAUGCACCGAUCUCACCACCAGCGCACCGUGCGCCUGCCUCGAUGGCGCCCACACUAACCGCCCGCUCCGUCCCGUACAGUGACCGGCCGGUGGGUCGUUGUGUGGCGGUGGCCGGUGGCAAAAUGUUUCCGACCCUCGACGUGACGGCGAAGCUGACGCUGCUGAUUAUGCUGCUAAUUGCCGUUAUUGACCAUAGUGAAGCGGGUACCUGUUGGUUGCGGCGGUACGAGUCGUCGGGAAAGUGCAGUCAGCUGUUCGCACGUAAUGUGACGCGGGAAAGUUGCUGUGGGGCCGGCUCGAGUGGUGGGAAGGGCUUCAGCGAGCGGGACAUUCCCGACGUUGGUCUGUUUUUCAUCAACGCGUUCAACGAUGGGAUGGAGUGCACGUCAUGUUUAGAUACUUGCGAUCGGACAAAGUGUGGCCCAAAUAAACGCUGUGUGAUGCGUCGCAAUCGUCCUAAAUGCAUCUGUGCACCGACGUGCAGCGGUGGAAGCAACAAACGUCGCCCACAGUCAUCCAGACGCAACAAUCGGCUCCAUCAGCUGCACCAACAGCAGCAGCAGCAACAUGAGCAGCAACCCCGCUUUCACCAGCAAAACAUAAAGGUGAUCAACCUGAGCGAAAGCCAGCGAAACCACCGACAGUAUUUCGCCGACACCGGACGGCAACCGAGGCCGCGCCAGCUACGGUACACGGGCCCGGAGACGGUCGAUGGUCGCGGCGGUAGGAGUGUAAAAAAAUCUAGCCUAAGUGAAAACCGAACACCCGGUGGUAGCCAAAGAGCGAGCGCAAAACUCAGCGCGAAGGAUAACGCUAAGGAUAAGAAGCAUAAUUUAUUGGAAUCUGUGACAUUAGUGAGUAGUAGUCGGGGUGGCAGUAGUAGUAAUAGCAGUAAGCAUAGUAGAACUAGUGGCACCAGCACGUCCAAAGGUUCCACCCAUCGUCCGCGCAACUGUACCGCGGCAGGUUACGGUCCCGUACCGUCCGGCUGCAACCCAUCCGGACGCGAUUGGACCGGUGGCGAACGGAUCGUACUGCAGCAGAGCGGACUAGCUUUAAAUUUAAAACCCACCGGCAGUAAGGGUACUGCACCGAAGGGCCGAGAGCAGAGUGCUGUAUCGACCUUUAUUCCACCUACUACCACCACACGACGCCAUCAUCGGAAGGAGGUACCGGUGCGCGGCAAUCAGACGAUGAACGAACAAACCCACCGAAAGUCCACCACCGUGGCACCGUUCGUCGCGUUCGGCAAGCCAAAGCUGCUGCGUGUUCCGCGGGUCGGUCGCAAGCAGAACGGUACGGCGGUACGGGUACCGCGCCGUGAGCCAAACUAUUUGGACGAUGUGUUCUUUAUCGAGAACUAUCACCAGCAGCAGCGAAGAAAGGGAAAGCAUCAGGGCCUGCCGAUGGAGGAUUUAUGGGGCAAUGAAAUUAUGCAUCAGGCUAAUUUCUACAAUCCAGUCUGUGGCACAGAUGGCAGAACGUACAAAACUGAAUGUCAGUUGAAGAAGCGGGCUUGUAGGCAAGAGAUUACUUCCUUGAUGGUCGCCUACAAAGGACAUUGCCAAACAUCCUGUAAGUUUGUCCAGUGCCCGGAUGGGAAGCGAUGCAUCGAGGACCAGAAUGCGACACCGCACUGUGUAUCCUGUGGUGGUACGGAGUGCCGUGUGGACCGAUCGCCCAAAUCGGUGGUUUGUGGUACGGAUGGGAUCACCUAUCCGAGCAUCUGCGAGCUAAAGCGUCAGGCAUGUCUCACUGGUCGAGCCAUUCCGGUUGCUUAUCGGGGACGUUGCAUUGAAGCCGCCACAUGUGAGACGAUCAAGUGCAAGGAUCGGCAGCACUGUCUAACGGAUCUGAAAACGCAUAAACCGCGGUGUGUCAGCUGCAGCUACAAAUGUCCCCGAACGAAACGCCAGCAGGGCUACGGUAAAGCGUACCGGGAAGCCAAAAAUUAUUCAUUCAACGAUCACAUCAAGCUGUGCGGUACCAACAAUCGAACAUAUCACUCCUGGUGCCACAUGCAAAAAGAUUCCUGCACGACAGGAUUUUACAUCGACAUCCAACAUAGCGGCUCAUGCGCUUUUGGAAGAUAAAAAAAACCCACCAAAUACUGGAUUGGAAUAGAAGCUGAUGAUUUACACCAGAUCUGUCGAAAAUACUGUUCCAGUAAGAUAACUCUGUACCGUUGUUCAAUUUAUGGAUGAUGCAGAUAUACUGAAGAAAGAUACAGUAAGACAGAGAAACAAAGAUUACACAGAGAAAGAUAAAGAAAGAUAACGAAAAUGGAAGAAUUUUAGACAAGGUGUAAAGAUAUACUUAUCAAAGGUACAUAUUUAACUGUAAAUUCAAAACAAUCGCAGUAGAAAAGCACACAUUACCGAGCAUUUUUUUAUUUAUGAAUCAAUCCGUCUCUUGUCGUUAAGUUAUUUAUUUGCAAAUCACAACCGAAUAGUAGCGUGUAGGUGCAUCUUAACAGUAAAGCACUACAAUUAGUUGGUUGUACAUACGAGAGAGAAAAAAAUGGGUAGAAAUUGUAGUUUAUGUAGUUUAGCUCAGCAAACUACAAAUAGAUCAGUAAGCGUAGAUAUAUUUAACAUUAUCCUUUCUCAGCAUCCCUCUUCCCUUCCAGCUCUCCUACAACUUACUACCCUGCAACCCACCCGAGAAGGUUAUGAUUUUAAUAGCUUUAGUAACUGUUUGUUUGUUUUUUCCCUUCGAAUUUCGAGCACUAUUUAUUGUACCUUAUAUGGUUGGCUGCAUCCAAGCCCAACCGUAAGCAACCUGACGAAGGCGAAGUAGUGAAAAUCACUGAUCGAUUGUCGAUAGGAUUUCCUAGGAAUCAAAACCAAAAACAUAAAAGAAACAAAAAGGAAACAACAUCCAACAACACGAUGUACUUUAAUUGCUAUCUAAUUGAUAAAAUUAAUCAUCUUUUACAAAUUUUAAACAAAUGUCUGAAAGUUAAAACUGGCCGUGGUCCAGCUUGUGUAUAGAAAGGUGCAAAAUUAAGCUAAAAAAGAAAAUAAUAAACCAAGGGAAAUUAUGUUUUUUGCUUACGGGCAGUAUAAUCAAUUUCUCGUAACAAAAAUGGAGCAAUUCGUUGUAUACAUACAAAAAAGACAAAUCAAUGCACCGUAGCCGUUCUAUUCCUUGUGCCACCAUAAAAAUAAACAAUCAUUAUACCAUGUGGGACUUUGCAAGAGAUCACAAACGCAAAGACUUUUUUAAGUGUGAAUUUAGUCGGUUUCUUCAGUGGUUAAGCGUUGGAGUAGUAGAAAAUUUCAAGUUUGUCAAAAUGGACCCUUUUCCCACAGAUCACAGCAGUAUUGGGGUGUAGUGGAAAACAAAAACAAAAAAGAAACACACACAAUUUUAAAACAGAUAUAAACAAAAUACAACAAAAGAUAAGAAAAACUCUUAAAAUAGUAGAACAAUUGCAUGUCGGUGGUGCAGUGAUUUUAAGGCUAACUGAGUGCAGCAAACAUGAGUUUAUCAAUGGGAAAAAGCAAGCAACAUUUCAUCCCAACAAAUAAAGGUAAUACGAUCUUUCCUGUUUUUCGUAGUUAAAAGAGUACGUGUAAACAUAACAGCGGUAUUAAAAUUUGACUGAUUUUUAGACAACAACAAAAAAGAUUGAAGAAACAACUCUUUUACCCCUAGUGCAUAAUCGAGCAGAGUGCAAAGCAUGUACCACUACAAAACAUUAGGCGAAUGGUUCGUAUAUAUCUAAGUAGCGGCGCUAUCUGUUUGUUGGGUAUUAGUGAAAAUACUUUUUACAGAAGAAGAACAACUGCAACACAAUAUAUAUGGCAAAUUUAUUGCAUCUCCUUGUUGGUAGAACAAUUUAGUAAAAAGAUCAGUUAGCAACCUUUUAAUGUUCAUCUGCCGUAGACUAAUUCAUACAUUCUAAUAACUUACCCCCAUGUAGCAUUUGAUUUGAAUGCAAAGUACGUAAUCCAGUAUAAACUUUGCAACACACAAACACAACAAAACAAACAAAAAUUAUUAGUAAGAUAAACUAAUUGCCCGCGCAAAAUUGCACUGCAUAGACAAAUGGUACAUUAACUUCAGAAUUAUUGCAGUAAACAAUACGAUAAUAUUAAAAGAAAAAGUCAAUUUUAAACUUCAAACCCCAGUAGAAAGCAGAACAGGCAUGUCAAAACAAAUGCAAAGAAAGUAGCAAACAUACCCUUAAAAGAAACGAACAAAAAAAACUCUAGUAAAAUAAAUGUUUAUUCAUGUUGAUAAAAUUACAA